GUGCGGGGCGCGCGCGCAGUCGCGGGCAGUCGCGGUUCGCGCGUGCUCCAGGGUGUCUGAGGCAUACGCAGUGAGUAGGACGGCCAGCGCGAGGAGUAAACGGACUAAAGUCGGCACCUGGCGUCUACUCUCCAGCCGAGGAACAUCGGGCCGCGGUGUACUCGCGGGCGUAGCGCGCAUUGGCGCGCCCCGCGCACAGGAGAGCACAGGUGUAUCGGGUCUCCGGUAACAUAUCGGGAGGCAGCCUCGGCUCGUCGGUGGCGGUCAGUAGCGAGAAAAAAUGGCGGAUGUGGACCUGAAUAUUGACAACCUGAUAAAGAGAUUGUUGGAAGUAUACCACACGCAGAAAGAUAACCAGGUUCAGAAGAAAGCCAAGCUUAAAGAUAUUUUCUCCUCGGACUUUGUUGUACGAGGAUGUCGUCCUGGGAAGUCUGUCAUAAUGACAGAGGCCGAGGUGCGUGGACUUUGUCUGAAGUCUCGGGAGAUCUUUCUGCAACAACCGAUCCUUUUGGAAUUGGAGGCUCCGCUUAAGAUCUGCGGUGACAUCCAUGGACAGUACACCGAUCUCCUACGGUUGUUCGAGUACGGAAGCUUUCCACCGGAUGCCAAUUACCUCUUUCUUGGAGACUACGUCGACAGGGGGAAGCAAUCGCUGGAGACGAUAUGUCUGCUGCUUGCUUACAAAAUCAAGUAUCCAGAGAAUUUCUUUUUACUGCGCGGGAACCACGAGUGUGCCAGCAUAAACAGGAUAUAUGGGUUCUACGACGAGUGCAAGCGCAGGUACAACGUCAAGCUGUGGAAAACCUUUACGGAUUGUUUCAACUGUUUGCCCAUCGCCGCGAUAGUGGACGAGAAGAUUUUCUGCUGCCAUGGUGGUCUUAGUCCUGACUUGCAGGGCAUGGAACAGAUUAGGAGGAUCAUGCGUCCAACCGAUGUACCUGACACAGGGCUGCUCUGUGAUUUACUUUGGUCCGAUCCCGAUAAAGAUAUUCAGGGUUGGGGAGAAAACGACAGAGGCGUGUCUUUCACGUUCGGUCCCGACAUCGUGUCGAAGUUCCUGAACCGUCACGACAUGGACCUGAUAUGCAGGGCGCAUCAAGUCGUCGAAGACGGUUACGAGUUCUUCGCUAAGCGCCAACUCGUCACUCUGUUCUCGGCGCCGAAUUAUUGCGGCGAGUUCGAUAACGCAGGGGGCAUGAUGAGUGUCGACGACACCCUUAUGUGUAGCUUCCAGAUCUUGAAGCCGUCCGAGAAGAAAGCGAAGUACCAAUAUGGCGGCAUGAACGCAGGCCAGGCCGGAAGACCGUCGACGCCACAGAGAAAUCCCCAGAAAAAGAAAUGACCGCCCACUGCUGAUCCUGCAUAGCAGCAAACACUGUCGUUCUAGUUACAGGACGUCUCGGUGCAUCCAAACUUAAGAGAGUAUAAAAGGAAAAAGAACUUAAAUAUAACUUAAAGGAGUUAAUCGUAUAAGAAUUACCUCUUCCUCGAUCGCAUAGAAGAAAAAAGGAACAAGAUGAAGAAGAAGAAGGAGAGAGAGAGCAUCGGGGACGAUCAGGCGGCAGCGGGAGAUACUCGAAGACGGGGCGUAUCGCCCUGACCAAGUGGAAAAACCGGCGACGAUCGAAGGGCUACGGGAAAUAGAAAGGAAAAUAACUGGAAACCCAAAUAUAAGGGAAAUUCCCCUAGAAGGUUCUCGAAGAGUCGCAGGCUGGGCCAUGCUCGACGGAUUUAAAUUGCCCUGCUGCCGAGUGGUAACUACCGAAUGCUGAUCGAUACCUUAGGUAGGUAACGAACGUGUAAAUAUGUCGCCGUGGUAGAAGGGAAGAAGGAAAAACACCGGAUGCGAAAAGUCACGGUUUUUUCGGCAGCAAUAUCCUUCGAUCGCCGCGCGCAUGGAUCUCUCGCUGGUCGCCCGGUCGUUCCCACCCCCUUGGAUAAUUUAUAACAAUCAAAGAACGUCGUGUAAAAAUGAAUAAAGCGUUAGGUUUGAUUUAACGUUGAUCCAAGAUGCGGUGGACCGUUUGGGGGCGCCCGAGAUAUCUCCGCAAGGGAGCGAGCGAUCGCUUAGUACGGCGGAAAAUGUUAAAACGGACCUCCGGGGCAAGCUGUAGACUUUUCAUUUGUGUCUCAUUUUUCGUUGUUGAUUUUGACGAUCUCUCGCCGAUGGGUAAAGACAGGCCAAGCUCUUUCUGUAACACCGUCGUAUAAUUGGAUAUGUCAUUCGGUAGUUGGGGCUUCGUUCCUUAGUUUUGCGGAGUCUCGCAGCAGUCGUACGAGGAGUCCUCUAUCCCGCAACUAUUAGCUUUUAAUCGCAUUUCGACACGGUCAUUUAAUUAAUUUAUUUCUUUACUACUGUAAUCGUUUCCUUUAUUACCAUUAUUAUUAUUAUUAUACAUAUAUGUAAGCGUGGUACUGAUGCGCGUGUAUGUGUAUACCCUCGCGUAUACGCGCAUUGAUAUCACCCAUACGUUUAUACGUAUAACGCAUUACGCCUGUAAUUAUUAUCACCGCGAAUCGACUCUGCAGCUUAUUUAAUAUCAUUGUUGAUUGAACGAGGCACGCCGUAUAAAUAUAUACACAUAUAUAUAUA